GGUUCACGAACAUGGUGUCGCGCGCCACCAAGGGUUCGGCCGACCUGACGCGGCGCGAGAUCAAGGAGGGCUCGGCGCUGCUGCUCGAGAAGCUGCAGACCUUCCGCCCCAAGGUGGCGGUCUUCAACGGGAAGCUCAUCUAUGAGGUGUUCUCCGGCAAGAAGGACUUCUGCUUCGGCAAGCAGCCCGACACCAUCGCCGGCACCAAUACCUACACGUGGGUGAUGCCGUCGUCGUCGGCGCGCUGCGCGCAGCUGCCGCGCGCGGCGGACAAGGUGCCGUUCUACGCGGCGCUCAAGAAGUUCCGCGACUACCUCAACGGCCUGGUCGCGCACGUCGACGAGGCCGAGCUCGUGUUCCCCGACAACACCAGCCGCCGCCCGCAGGAGGAGAUGGAGAUACGCAGGUUAACAAUGGAACCGGAGCCCGGCGACACGAUAAUCCUGGAGGACGGGACGGAGGUGCCGUUGAAGAAGAAACGUGGACGGCCUAAGAAGGUGAAGCUGGAAAACGGCGAAACGGCUCCUCCCGUCCCCCGCGCACCUCGAGCUCCCCGUCCGCCCCCCGCACACGACCCCGCCGCACCAGACCAGCCGCCCAAAAAGAAGCGUGGCCGCCCCAAGAAGAUACGCCCCGAGGAGCAGCAGUUUCUGAUGCAGCAACAGCAGCAGCAACAACAACAGCAACAACAGCAACAGCAACAGCAGCAGCAGCAACAACAGCAACAACAACAACAGAGUAACCCCAUGCUGCAACAGCAACUGACGCCGAUGUCGUCGCUGGGUCACGAGCAGCAGUUCCUGCCACACCAGGGCGACUUCCAGCAGAUGUCACCGCUGGCGCAGAGCUCGCUGCUGUACCACCAGCACCACCAGCACCCGCACCAGCAACACCCGCACCAGUCACACCAGACCCACCAGACCAUGCCGCCCGACGGCUCACCAUAUUACCAGCCCCCAAACACGGGUAAGUUCAUAUAAUGUUAAAAUCAUAAUUAUUAUAUUAAUGUUCAGAUAGAUAAUAACAGGCUAAGAAAGUAGAAACUAAAAAUUGUAUGCAAUCAUAAGAAAAAUUACCGUGUAUUGACGGUGUAAGAAAGAGGUGACAGAGUGAACAAAUCAGGAGAUGGGCAGCAGCGUCUUCCUAAUAACGGCUAAAAAUAAAAAACUGCAAAUAUGAUGCAACCAAUAGGGGAGGCCUAUGUUCAAUUCUUGUGCUUGUAAACUUAAAAAAUCAAACUAGUCAAAUUUAAAAAAAUUACCGCCUUUUAGAAUAAUGUGCUUGUCAUCUGGAAAAUUUCAACUAUUCAAAGUUUUUAAAAUAUAGCCGUCUUCUUAAAUCGUGUGUUUGUGAUCUUGAAAAAUGAAAGUAGAAUUUUUUUAAUCUGGAUGCGAAGAUGUUUUGUAGGUCCAGAUACCGUGUACGCGCGCCUAAAACGCUUCCAUUUCAAAGGCGCUAAUAUUGGCGUAUUCGUUCGAUCGUUCCGCCAUUACGCCAGCGACGUUCGCUGUGAACAUACGUCACGCACCGGUGUUUUUAAUUUCGCCAAAUGACUGUUUGUGCUGUUAAAUCAUUUAAAAAUUACUCUUGGAAAAAAGAUAAGGAUAAGAACAUCACUUUUCAUAAGUAACUAUACAAUUUUAUGGUGUAUUUCUUUGUAAAAGAAUACGAAAGCUAAAUGUCAAUACAAGUAAUAAUACUGCGCAAUAAUAUUCGAGUGUUGCCUAGUCUAUGAAAUGUUUUACCAUUUUUUAAUGUCAUGAUCAACAUACAUACAUAACAUACAUAAACACUCACGCCUGUCACCCAGAGGGGUAGGCAGAGACUACGGACUUCCAUUUGGCGCGAUCCUGACACACCUCUCUCGCCUCUUUCACAUCCAUAUAUCUACGCAUACACGCUCGUCGGUUAAGGGUACUCCUAAUCUGGCCCAUUUUCAAUGUAUCGCCGAUCUGGUCGAUAAACCUUCGUCUAGGGCGUCCCUUCCCGACCCUGCCGUUCACUUCUGCAACAUAAAUUUGCUUUGUCACUCUUUCCUCGUUCAUUCUUUCUACGUGACCAAACCACCGAAGCAUUCCUUUCUUAAUCCUUGUCACAACGUCAUCUUGCAAACCACACUUUUCUCUUAUUACACUAUUUCUCACCCUGUCAUUCAGAUUCAGCCCUAGCAUACUCCUUAAGGAACGCAUUUCUACAGCAUUUAUUCUACUCUCAUGCUUCUUCUGCCAGACCCAACUUUCACUACCAUACAUUAAAGUGGGUACUAACACAGCAUUAUGAAUUGCCAUACGUGCCUUAGUUGACACAUUCUGACUCCUCACAAUAGCGUGUAGAGCCCCAUUCACUCUAUUUCCUGCGUUCACUCGUCGUUCUAUAUCCUUAUCAUAUCUACCAUCCCUGCUAAAUAAACAUCCCAAAUAUACAAACUCAUCCACUUGCUCAAUCAACUCCCCUUCUAUUCUUAUUUUACAUAAAGUUUUACUUUCUUCUCUUUCAAAAACCAUCACUUUCGUCUUACUUGCGUUCACUUUCAUACCCCUUUCUUUCAAUGAACAAUUCAUUAAAGUAACCAUCAUUUGCAACUCGGCCGCCGACGAUGCAAAUAUGACUUGAUCAUCGGCGUACAAAAGGCAUUUGACGGUUGACUCACCCAUUCUCAACCCACAUUCUUCAACUUUCAAAGUUUGCAAACAACUGUCCAUAAAUAGGUUAAACAGCCACGGGGAAGCCACACAUCCCUGUCUCACACCUUUAUGAAUGCCAAACCAGUCCGAGUAGACCCCGUUGAUCCUGACACAAGCACUAGAGUCCCUAUAAAGAGACCUUAAUGCCUGUAUCAAGCCAGCGCUCAACCCAAAUGAGUUCAGUGUUUGCCAUAACACGUUCCUGUCCACUCUGUCAUAAGCCUUUUCCAAGUCCAAGAACGCACAAAAAAACUUUCUGGUUUUUAGCCAAAAACUUCUCCGCUAUCAUGCGCAUGGAAAAGACUUGAUCCGUACACCCCAUCCCCUUUCUAAAUCCAGCUUGCACAUCCCAAAUUUUUCCAUCAGUUUCUUCCAUAACUCUUUCAAUUAACACCUUAGCAUACAGUUUACCCACAAUGCUAAGCAAGCUGAUACCACGGUAGUUUUUACAGUCCUGCUGCGACCCCUUUCCCUUAUAUAUUGGGACUAUAACGGCUUUGCACCAGUCUUCCGGUACCCGUUUCAGUUCCCAACAUAAAUUAAACAAGGUGUGCAGCAGGCCUGCAACCACACCCUCACCAGCCCUUAGCAUUUCGAGUGAUACUCUAUCAUAUCCGGCUGCCUUACCUGCUUUCAUGCUUUUCAUUGCUUUCAUUAUUUCAUCUACACUUAUCUCCCUACCUCUCUCCACUUCUUCCGGAAUUUAGUCAUGAUCAACUACAAAGGUUAUCUGUAUAGGGGUUUUAAACAGUCUAAUUUUACAAAUUUUACCCAACCUAUAGAGUUAAACCGUUUUAAGGGUUAGGGUUGAACUACACCUGGCAGCAUGAAAUUGCAUUUUCCUGUGCUUCUAUCAUUUUUGGUCACUCAGAACCGUUAUAGUAGUAACCGGUAUAGUUCCACCCUCAAAAAGCCGAUUGUAAACCGGUUUUAAAAGUUUAUCUAUCAUUCUUGACAAUUCAUACUAAUAUAAUAUUAUAAAUGUGAAAGUGUAAUUUUUUUGUUUCUUUGUUUUUGUCCUUCCUUCACGCAGCAACGGAACGGAGCAAUUUAAAAAAAUUAAACAUUUUGCUAUCUCUUGGCUGAAGUUUACGCUUAACCAAACUUACUUUUUUUCGUCAUUUUACUUAGGAUUGAAAAAUAAUUUAAUGUCUUCGUAAAAAGCGGCAAUAUUUUGUGUUCUACAGUACAAUAGUGUAGUACUCUGUAUAUAUUAAGUACUAAUAGAUUAUAAAUAUAUGUUACAUACAUAAAUAUCUACUGUGCUUUUUUAUUUAUUUUAACUGUUACAUUAAUUAUAGGUUUUAUUACAUAUCUUCAAUAUAUUAGUGCGAUGUUCGUACCUACAUAAAACACACAUAAGCAACCAUAUCCCCAUACACACACACACACAAAUGCACACGCCACGUACAUACAUUUUAUACUCUUAUAAUCAAUAGGUACGUCAAUAGGAAUGAAAUAUAAAAUCUCCCACAUUUUUUGGGUAAUCGAUUCGCACUGUUAUUACCGAAGUCCAUUAGAAGAACAUUAAUGCAGCCAUGGUGCGUAAGAUAUGCGCGUCACGUGGUACUCACGCACACAUGAAUCAAAGACUGUCUUCACUAUGAACGUUGCGGUGUGUUAGCAACACGGUAUCUGGACCUAUAAAACAUCUUUGUCUGGAUGUAACCGUGGCUAACUAUGACACUGGGACGUCAUACACCUUAGUCCCUCCCGUGACCAUGGGUGCUGUAAAGUGCUCGAAACGUCGGGAAUAUAAAAUAAGUUAAUAUACGCGAUAGAAUCCGUAAAAUUAGUUUUAUUUAAAUGUGUAGUGUUCGCGUAAGUAUAAGAAAUCAUAAAGUAGAAAAACCUAAAAAAUGGCCGUCUUUUUAAUCAUGUGCUUGUCAUCUUGAAAAACGAAACUAGUCAAAAUUUAAGAAAUGGCCGUCUUUUUGUCUUUCUUGUCUAUUUAUCUUAUAUGGACCAACUAAUUCGUAAAUCGAUAUCUAAUAAAUCUAAUAAUGUAAUUUUUUAUUCUUCCUUUGAUUGUGGAAAUUUUGGGUUAUUGAUCGAUUUCUUCCAAAAUUAAUAUCAAAAGUAAGAUGUAUAUAUCUGUUUUAAUUUAAACAAAAUGAUAUGCAAAUCAUAUUUUUUUGUUUAUGGAUCAAAAUCAGUAUCGAAAGAUCAAAAUUUUAAAAAAUGGCGGUAGUUUUUUAAAUUUUCAAAAUAAUUUUGUUUAUCAAAGAAUCGCUUCUAAAACUAUAUCUAGAGAUCUUUCUAAUCAUGAAUAACAAGUCUGUUAUGAAUAUUAAAAGAAAUGGUUGCCAUGUCAUAUUGAAAUUCUUUGUUAUUGUACCGAUUUUUUCUAAAUUGACUCUUAAAGGCCUUUUAUUUACAAAGUUCAAAUCUGUUGUCAAAAUAUAAACACAUGGCGGUCAUUCUGAAAUCCCUUUUUAAUGGACUGAUUGCUUUCAAAGUCGAUAUUCAUAGACCAUACGGCCUCUUAGACAUUUGCUUGU